UAUACCAUGCCUCCAUCGCCAGAGCAAGUGGCUUUGGCCAAGAAACAGCUUGGUAUCUCUCCCUCUGCACCAAAUACAACCGUGCCAGCAGCAUAUAUCGACGAGCUCACGAACCACUUGAAGCUUUAUCCUCACGACAUCAAUUUUCGUAUCGUGACAGAACCAAACCGCGGCUACGGAAGAUUAACUUGCCUGGAAAAUGGAUGCAAAGGCCCUUCUAUGCCUCUCGAGCGCAAUGUCAAGCUUGCAGACGGAGGGAGGAGCAUAGGAGUUGGGUCCCUGUCAAUGUAUCGUUUCCACAUUGCCCAACAUCCCACACAUACAAAAAGCCGAUAUGCCAGGGUCAGCUCACUAUCCUCGGCGCCACAUAUGCCAUCCCCCGCCGUGAAGCGAGAGCAUAACAGCCUGCUGAACCUGUUGGACGAGGUCUCCCCCUUCGGAGCCCCUAAUGUCACGUCGGCGUCAACGCCCUCCGAUAAGCCCUUGCUUGCUGCCCGUCGUCGCAGUAGUCUCGCCAAAUCUUCCCCAGCACGGGCGGCGUUUAAGGUCAAGCCUGAACCUGUCGAAGCCGUCGUGCCUCUCAAAAGAUUAUACGAACCGAGCUUACUGGACACUCCGCGCAAGGCCCUCGUUCCCUCUGGCGCUGCUCCUUCUUUGAAGAAAGUCAAGAGAGAGGACUCUCUGAUAAAGCCUCUCGGCGUCGUCAACCGUGACAGAGACGGCGACAUCGCCAUGGGUUCUCCCCGCACUACGAGUGUCGAAGACCUUCGUCGAGAGCUCACAGAAAUUCAGAUGAAAAUCUCUGAUCUCGAGCGUCUUCACGAGAAUCUCAAUCGGAAGAAGAGGAAGACGAAGGCGGACUUGACGAAGAUGUUUCGGUUUAUGUCUGAACUGGACGACUUGCGUAAAAAACGGGACGAAUGCAACGCAUCUAUCCCUAACAUGUCUCCUUUAAAGAGAACCCUUUCCAAGCCGUUGUUUCCAAAACCAGAACCUAUCUCGCUCAAGGUCCCAAAACCGGAAAAUAACCUUCCGUCGACCUUUAGUAAUCCAUUUUAUAAUGACAGGCCAAACCCUCUCGCCUCUGGUUCCAACGUCAAACUCCCGGGACUUCCUGGCUUAGCGGGCUUCCCAAUCAAAGAUGACUCUGAUGACGACGCGAUGGACGUCGAUCCUGCUGCAGGGGCAGCCGCCAUUUUGAAUCGCGUCGUCGGAAUUGCCAUUCCCGACAUUGCACCUGUUGCUGGUGCAGACAACCGCGAUGCGAACGGAGACUACUUUGGCCGAGGUCGUGAUACCUUCCAAGGUCCUGUUGCUAAGGCCGACGACAUCGAGAAGUUUUUGAUCGAAGCCGGCAACGCCGAGCAGUUUGACGGCAAUGCAAGUGUCAAUGAAGGCCUCCAGAAGCUUGGCCUCGACUCUAUCACGUCACUGUUACCCGGGAUGGAGGUCCCUCUCAUGCCACAUCAAGUUAUCGGUGUUGCUUGGAUGGCUGAGAAGGAAAAAUCCACUCUCAAGGGCGGGCUGUUGGGUGAUGACAUGGGAUUAGGCAAAACUGUUCAGAUGAUCGCGUUGAUGAUCAAGGAUCGCUCGAAUGACCCGCUGUGCAAAACGAAUUUGAUCAUGGCUCCAUUGGCUCUACUGGACCAAUGGAAACUUGAGAUCGAGCUCAAGUCUAAUGAUUCCCUGAAAUGUAUUGUUUAUCACGGAUCAGGGAAGCCAAAGCGUAAACAGGACUUAUUAAAGUAUGAUGUUGUGUUAACGACUUACCAGACCAUGGCAUUGGAAUGGCCGGACUUCGAGAAAGAUCAGAAGGCGAAAGAGAAAGCGAGGCGAAAGUCCGGCAACGAUUUUAUCGUGUCGGAUUCCGAUGAUGACUCAAGCGGACCUACCCGCAAGAAGAAAAAGCAACAAAAAGGACUGCUGUUCCAGGUUGACUUUUACCGUAUUAUUUUAGACGAGGCGCAGGCAGUGCGCAAUCGACGAACGAGGGCCUCUCGAGCUACAACGGAACUCCAAUGUAUCUACCGAUGGUGCCUAACGGGCACUCCAAUCAUCAACUCGCUCUCAGAUGUCUACGGAUACCUGAGGUUCCUACGGAUCCGGCCAUGGUAUGAUUGGGCCGAGUUCCACGGUCAUGUUAAUCUCUUGGAAAAGAAAAACCCGGCACUAGCAGUUACCCGACUUCAAACUAUUUUGAACAUGUUUGUCUUGCGCCGCAUGAAGAACACGAUGCUUGAUGGGAAACGCUUGAUCGAUCUUCCAGAGAAGGAGACUGCUCUUACGAAGUUAGAGUUCACGGUAGAGGAACGUGAGAUCUACAAGAUGGUGGAAGCCCGAUCGCAAGCCACUUUCAACCGCUACCUUCGUGCGGGGACUGUUCUCAAGAACUAUUCGCAAGUCCUCGUGCUCCUGCUGCGCCUUCGACAGCUUUGCUCCCAUCCUUCGUUGAUUCAGGAAGAUGGCGUGGCUUUCAUCCAGCCUGAAGAAGACGAGGACAAUUGGAGGCCGGAAGUGAAAGAGGAGCUACUGCGUGCCCGGAAACUCCUUGGCGGGGAGUUUGUAUCAAGGCUUAAGCGGCAGUUCAUGGAGGCUACCCUGAAACGGAUGGAGGCCGAGAAGGCUGAAACCGAGGCAGAAGUUGAGGAAUGUGCCAUCUGUUUUGAUGCAUUCACCUCAGCGGUCGUUACUGCUUGUGGUCACAGUUUCUGUCGUGAAUGCUUGGAUGACGUCCUGAGCGGUCCCCAGGUCGAUGCUGAGGACGAACCGAAGCUCAAAGCCCAAGAGCGACGAUGCCCUAACUGCCGUCAACCCAUCUCGGGGGAUCUGCUUUUUGAUCGCGCUGCCUUCGAACCUUCUGAUGCUGAAUUGAACGGCGGUAAGAGCGCCGAUGGGGACGAACCCGCACAGAGUACAACAUCGGCUAAGGGUAAAGGCAAGGCCAAGGCAAGGGCAAAGGGUAAGGGCAAGAGAAAAUCGGCACUCAAUGCUGAUAUCAUUGAUAUCGACGCUCUCGAUAACGAGGACGAGGAAGAAGACGAGGACGACAUGAGCGAUUUCAUCGUUGACUCAGAUGAGGACGAAGAAGAAAAGGAUGCUCGUCAGAAAUUAAAGAAGGCUAUGGGUAAGAGGAAAGCGUUCAUCGUACUCGAUUCAGACGAGGAAGGAGACGAGGUGGAGGAAGUUGUGUUUGGGCGGAAGAAGGAGAAUUCCAUGUCCGGCCAGAUCAAGCUCAUGCCUAAGUUCUUGGCUUCCACCAAGAUGCAGCAUAUGAUGAAGCAGAUCGUAGGACUCUUUGAGGAGAAGCCAAAUGAGAAGGUUUUGGUCAUUUCACAAUGGACCGGAUGUCUUGAUCUGGUGUCGGCGUAUCUUACUGAGAAGAGCAUCGAGCAUGUCAAGUAUCAAGGAUGUAUGUCCCGUCAUCAGCGCGACUUGUCUGUACGCGCAUUUAUGUCGACAAGAGAGUCCGCCAAGGUGAUGUUAAUGUCGCUGAAGUGUGGAGGUGUCGGACUGAACCUCACGCGCGCGAAUAAUGUGAUAUCGCUGGACCUCGGAUGGUCCCAGGCCGUCGAAGCACAGGCGUUUGAUCGGGUCCAUCGACUAGGCCAGACUCGACCUGUAAAGGUCGAUAGGUUGGUUAUUUCCGACACUGUCGAAGAUCGGAUUUUGGCUUUGCAGGAACGCAAGCAGAACCUUGCAGAUGGCAGUUUGGGGGAAGGCAAUGGCAAGAAGAUUGGCAAGCUGAGCGUCAAGGAGUUGGCCAACUUGUUCGGUCUCGACGCUCGCGGCAGGCUUUUGUAACGCUGCUAAUCGUGCGUAAGAACACGAUCGGACCAUUUCAUUGUUGUAUUUUCUAUAUUAGUUUCCCUCUUUCGCCCUACCAUUUAGACAGGUUGGUAUGUGCUUGAUUAUACAUGAGUAUUGUAGUAUUGUCCCAGUCGUCAGGAAGUAGUGCACUUUCUGACGACGAAGACCAUAGUUCGUAUUGUAU